AUGAUUCCAGAACUAGAAUUGGGGAAUCGCUAUCCAGAAGUCACGGCAUGUGUUGAAUCAUGUGGAGGACCUGGAUGCGACUGUUUCUACUGGAGUUCAGGAUGCCUUUUUUAUCGCAUCUAUUUGACGCCGAACGCUCCAGAAAUAUAUGAAGUGUUUCGCUGCAGCAGUUGGGCUGAAGCUGCAAAAGUAAAAUUCACUCAUACGGACGCGUUACGAGGUACAACAGAAUCAUUGGUAGCUCUGAUGCAACCAAAUGUACCAGUAAGAAGGAAUUCAUUCGCGUUCACUCUAAGUUCCUUAAUGAUACCACCUAUACCUUUGCUUAACACUCCUUUCAUCACAGAUGGGGUGAACACCGCACUAUGGGAGCCUAAUUUCACUCCUGCGCUACAUUGUCCUACUGCGAAAGCAGCAGAAGAACUUCAGUGCGAUGUAUUUGAGGACUGCACAUGUUAUCCUGUAGAGACAAAGGCUAAUUGCAAAUGCAAGAGCUUGGAUAUCACAGCAAGGUUCCAAAAUCUACAAUACCGACUACCUGUGGUAACGCCUUCACUAUCAUUUCGUCGGAAGUUCGAGUUCAUAUCAGGUGUUCUGUUUCGUGUGGUACAUUGCUAA